UCAAUCAAUUGUCAUGUGUUAAGGAAUGAUCGCAGUAAGUACAAACUCAUCUAUUUCAAUGCAAGAGCUAUAGCCGAGGUAGCACGACAGAUUUUUGCUCUAGCUGGACAACCCUAUGAAGACGUUCGAGUUAAUCCAAAGGAAUGGCCGAAACUCAAAAAAGGGAUGCCAUUUGAGCAGCUGCCCGUGUUAGAAGUGGACGGAAAGCGUAUUGCGCAAUCAUACACUAUAUGUCGUUUUUUAGCCAGACGAUUUGAAGUGGACGGAAAGCGUAUUGCGCAAUCAUACACUAUAUGUCGUUUUUUAGCCAGACGAUUUGGUUUUGCGGGUCAUACACCAUUUGAAGAAGCUGUAGUAGACUCUAUAGUGGACCAGUUCAGGGAUUACCUAUUUGAAACAAGACCAUUCUUGGUUUCGCUUAUUGGAGUUGGAGAUGGUGAUGUGGAUACACUCAAGAAAAAGUUGUUUUUGCCUGAACGAGCAAAGCUUUUUGGAUACAUGAAGAAAUUCUUAAACCAUAGUUCUUCCGGUUUUCUCGUCGGGGAUUCAUUGACAUGGGCCGAUUUAUGCCUAGCCGAACAUGUAGCCACUUAUUGUGAUAUGUUCCCAGAAAUGUUGGAAGGGUAUCCUGAGGUACGUAAAGCUUUUUGUAAAAUAGCAAGUUCAAAAGACAUUGCGAGAACUGGUCCCGAAAGCAUUUCUGCAUGCAUUUGUGAUCAUGAAGGAUGCAUUACUAACAACUAUCUGACAUGCCCGAUUUCGCUCUGGUUUCAAAAUUCUUAAGC